AUGUCAGCACGUCGACUGGCUCUCAUUACGGGGAUCACUGGGCAAGACGGCUCGUACCUUGCGGAGCUUCUCCUUAAGAAAGGCUAUGACGUGCACGGCAUUGUGCGACGUUCCUCCUCAUUGAAUACCGGCCGUAUCGACCACCUUGUGGGUAACGCGCAUUUGCAUCUGCAUUACGGAGAUAUGACGGACGGUGCGGGGUUACAUCAGAUCGUUUCUAGGGUUAGACCUCAUGAAGUGUACAAUCUUGCAGCACAGUCGCAUGUAAAGAUCUCUUUUGAGACUCCAGUUUACACUGGAGAGACGGAUGCACUGGGUACGGCAAAGAUCCUCGAGGCUAUACGUUCCACCGGCUUAGAGAAAACAUGCAGAUUUUAUCAGGCUAGUAGUAGUGAAUUGUAUGGGAAUGUCCAAGAGGCCCCGCAGACGGAGAGGACCCCAUUUUAUCCACGGAGCCCGUACGCUGUGGCCAAACUGUAUUCACAUUGGAUUACUGUAAACUAUCGUGAGUCGUAUGAUAUGUUUGCCUCUAACGGAAUACUGUUCAACCAUGAGUCCCCACGUCGAGGCGAAGCGUUUGUCACAAAGAAAAUCGUUCGGGCUGCGGUGCGCAUAACGAGGGGUAUGCAAAAGGAGUUGUUUUUGGGUAAUGUAAAUGCGGUGCGGGACUGGGGUCAUGCAAAAGACUACGUACAUGGCAUGUGGCUCAUCCUACAGGCAGAUAAGCCAGAUGAUUGGGUGUUAGCUACUGGCAAGCAGCACAGUGUGAAAGAGUUCUGCAACCUCGCAUUUCAGCGGUUAGGUGUCAACCUGGCGUGGGCGGGUAGCGGGCUAGAUGAGAUAGCAUAUGAUAGAGGCUGCGCGCUGAGGACCCCCAUCGUUCGCAUUGACUCGAGGCUCUUUCGUCCUGCUGAGGUGGAAACGCUUGUCGGCAACCCUGAGAAGGCUGCACGUGAACUGGGUUGGAAAAUUACCUACAGUUUUGAGCAGCUUGUGGAAGAUAUGGUGGAAGCGGAGUUGCGCGAAAUGGACGGCAACAAAGGGUGUGAACGCUUGGCAGGGAAGUGCAUUACCGCCGAAACCAGCUGA